AUGCCCCCAAAACGGAAACAAACACCGUUGGAUGACGAGGAUAGUCUUAGCGAAGAAGUUGAAGAUGUUUCGGAAGAUUUUAUCAGGGUAAAAAGACCUCGAACAGAGUCAGUUAAGACAGCUGUUCAAGAUUCUUGGAUAGACAAGUACUCGCCUCUAAAUUCUCUGGAAAUCUGUGUAAACCCACGAAAAUUGAAGGAAUUGAGGGAGGUGUUGGAGCCAAUGAUCAGAGGUACCCUGGAAUGUAGAUUGUUGGUUGUCACGGGACCUGCUGGCUGUGGAAAAUCUACUUUGAUCAAAUGUUUGGGAAAUGAGCUCGUGGCGAAGGUAAAAGAGGCAUCACUGGGGAAAAGUGAGCUGAACAAAAGUCAAGAAGGAGAUUUUCCGAAUAUAGUGGAAUAUUUCGACUCAGAAUUGCAAGAUGUGAGCCAUAUCCGCCAUUUUUCAGAAUUUUUGGAUGCCAGUCGAUACAGAAUUGGAUCGAACCUUGCCUUGAUAGUGGUGGAAGAAUAUCCCAACGUCUUUCACCAUGAGACCCUCCAGAGCUUUCGGGAUUGUAUAAGAAAUUGGCUCUAUCUGCCUGGAACAUUGCCUCCCUUGGUUUUAUGCUUGACUGAAAUAGAAAUCGAAAGUGAAAGUGGCCACAGAGGCUACUACAAUAUCGAGAACAAUUUCACAGCGGAAACUUUGUUGGGGCGAGCCUUGAUGACCCAUGGAAUUAGUUCAGGUGUGGUUCAACGGGUGAAAUUCUUGCCCAUAGCCAAAACUUUCAUGAAAAAGAGCAUUUCAAAGGUUAUCCAGAAGGAAAGGGUGAAAAUUCCUCCUGAAAAGCAGGUGCUGUUUUUAUCUUCACUUUAUGAGUCGGGUGAUAUCCGUGCGCUGCUCAGUAACCUUCAACUUUGGGCGAGAACUGGCAGUUUUGAUUCAGACCUUUCGGGCAAAGAAAACCAGAUUUCACUUUUCCAUGCCGUGGGGAAGGUGGUCCAUUCCAGUGCUAAAUUCGCUAGCAUGGACGAAGAAAGUUCAGACUCUUUUUCUAUUCGUGCUGUUUUGGAUGGAUAUAACAACUUUGGAUUGCUACAUCUUGCACUUUUGGAGAACUACCAGAUUUACAGUGGUCUGCAAUACGAAGUCGCUGUGGCUGCAGAUUUGGUAGAUGCUCUUAGCAUCAGUGACACAUUAGGAGGGCUUGAAGAGUCUCAUGAGUAUGCCAUUCGAGAAGUUCGACAUCAACUCCGGAAUGUCGGUGAAAGUCGUGGAAGAACACAACCAAUGAAAUUCCCACGUCAUUUCAAGAUGUUGAAGGCUGCCAAUAAAGUUAAACGAGAAGUCGACAACUAUUCUCGGUACAUUGGGGAUUCCAGAGUCUCCUUUGCGAAUGUAAACCUAUUGGAUGGGUAUUUUGUGCCCUCGAUUUACAACUCUUUCCGGUACAAGCUACAAAAUGGGAGUAAACCCUACUCAUACAAUCGAGUUGGUGGAAAGUUCCAGCAAAUAUUUGCUGAUGACGAAGUUCCGGUUAUGGAAAGCGAAUUUGAGCACGAACUGGGUGUCAAGGACCAAUUUGCGAUGGAAAUCGAAGCGAAAAUGGGAGGAAGUGAAGAUAGAAAUGAUGGCUUAAGCGAAGACGACUUGAGCGACGAAAUCCAUAACACUACUGACGAUGACAAUGAUAAUGAUUUCAAUGACUCCCUUGAUGACAAGCUAGUCAGUUUAACUCAGAGACAUGAUGAGGACGAAUUGUCUGAUGAUCCAGAGUUGGAUUGGCUUGUGUCACAAGGGCGACUUUAA